AGUCACAUGGAAAACAUCGCUCUGCCAGCACUAAACAUGGCCGCCUCCUCCUCACUACCCAGCUUGCUUUGCGCAGGUGUCAUUUUCAAGUGGAACAUUUGAGCGGCAGGUCCCGCCUCCUUUCAAGCAGCGCGGCAGCUCCCGUUCGGGAAACAUGGCGGCCUCUGUAGUCCUGGACCGGAGCUUCACGGAACUGAGCGCGGCCGAGCGGGAAGUCAGAAGGAAUUUCCGGGAUCUGACACUCUCCCCCGAUGUCACUCCUGUGAUAGGUGGCUUCAAAUAUGGUGAGAGUGCAGGGGGAUAUUACUACAAGGAAAGCAGCAGUCUCCUCUCCACUACGAGGAAUCGGUUCUUUUAUUGGACUUCAAAUGGUGACACAUUAGAACUAGUGGAGGAGUCUUUGGAUGUUAACCUGUUAAAUAAUGCCAUUCGCCUCAAAAUCUUCAACUGUUCCAUCCUUCCUGGUGGGGUCCAUGUGUGUGAGACACAGAGUAACGUGAUCAUCUUGAUCCUGACAAAUCAGACCGUUCACAGAUUGGUCCUCCCUCAUCCCUCACGCUUAUAUAGAAGUGAGAUUAUUACAGAGAGUCAGAUGCAGUCCAUAUUUACUGAUGUUGGAAAGAUGAACUACAGCGACCCUGCAAACACUUAUGUGAUCCCACAGCCUGGACGUUCACAGAGCUCUACUGCCACCGCAGCCUGGUUAAGCAGUGAAGGGGAGACCCUCUUUGCUUUCCCUUCUACCUCUGGUGGGAUCCUUGUUGUCAAGAUGCCCCCCUGUGGUGUUGCAGGAGCGGUGACUGUGGUGGAAUUGAAGCAAAUGUCGGUCAGGAGACUAUUAAAGGGUUUCAUACCAACAGUUAUAAGAGGAGAUCAGGACCCUGCUCAUCUCCCUGUGAGUCUCGCAGUUCACUGCCUUGAAAAUGACGCUUUCAUAUUUGCAUUGUGUCAGGAUCAUAAACUCCGCAUGUGGUCUUACAAGGACCAGACGUGCCUUAUGGAAUCUGAUAUGCUGGAAUUUGUGCCAGUUAGUAAAGAGAUGCGCCAGAUCCCAGGAGUUGGGCACAAAUUAAGACUUGCACACUCAACAUCUAUAGGACUCUAUCUUGGGGUGUACUUACACACACCCAGACAAGGACAGUUUUGUGUGUUCCAGUUGGUAACUGCGGAUAGCAAUUGCUACAGCUUGGAUCACGUCUCAUCCUUAUUCUCAAACCAGGGAACCUUGGUGGAUUUUAUGUUUACCUUGACAACCACAGAUAUUUGGGCUUUGUGGCUUGAUGAGGAAAGCCAAGCCAUUGUCAAACGUAUUAACUUCGAACAUAAUCAAGCUGGGCAGUGGAACCAAGUUUUCAUCAAUCAGUUGCCGGAUGAAGAACUUAACAUUGGAGAUGAACAAGAUCCCAGGGAAACUUAUUUGGAGUAUUUGUUCUCCCCGGGAAGAUUUACCAUUGCUGCUCUUCUGAAAGCACUACAGAUCUAUCACAGAGGCACUGGGAAGCUGCAAGAUCUGUCCUGGGAAGAAAUGAAGAAAGAGGUCACUGUAAUGGUAGAAAAUGAGCUGCACAGUCAUGUGACCGAUUAUGAGAUGGACCAGGAUGAGUUCCGCCAGUUACAAGUGGAAUCGUGGUCUAAGUUCUACACCUGUUGCUUACAAUACCAGGAGGAACUGUCUCGCCCCCUUGCAUUGGUAGUGCAUCCUUACUCCAGCAUGGUCUGUCUGCUCAGAAAGGGAUUUUUGUCAUUUUUAGCACCUUGUUCUUUAGUGGAUCAUCUUUACCUAAUACCAGCAGAAAAUUUACUUACAGAGGAUGAAAGUGUCAUCUCAGAUGAUGUGGAUCUUGCUAGUGACACAAUCUUCUUGAUGCACUGUUUACGCAUGAUUGGAGAUAGCCUAACUAUGGAUAUGGCGUAUAUGAUGGAGUGGGCUUGCUGCAAUCAAGAACCUCCAGAAAGAGUUGCAGAGCAAAUGUUGGAAGAGCUGAUUGUGAACGAUGUUGAAAAUGUCAUGGAGGACAUAAGCAAUAAACUGCAGGACAUCAGAAACCCCUUCCUGGCUAUUGGGAACUUACUUCGAGAGAUGGAUUAUGAGACCUCUUUGGAUAUAGACCAGGCAAUGGACCUUGGUCAACCACUAAAUGUGCGAAUGAACCUUUCCAGUCUCUAUGGUAGUACCACAGCUGCUGGUAUUGUGUGUCAGGCGGUCUGCAAAAUCUCUCUCACGCGGUUCUUGAUUUGUCGUGACUUGCUUAUCCUAGAGCACCUUCUUUUAAGAAUGGGAGAUAUGGCAUUUGCAGGAGAAGGUCAGCUACUCCAGUCACAGCAAGAGCAUAUACCUCGCACUGCUAACAUGCUGCUCUCAUACUAUGUGAUCCGCUGGAGCAGCCAGUGUGUGGCAUCUGCUGUCCCUCUGGAUACACUGGAUUCCAAUCUGCAGCAUCUAUCAGUCCUGGAACUGUCUGAUUCCAAGACCUAUACAUCAGUAAACAAAUACACAUCUGGGCCUCAGACAAUUGUGGAGUUAUUCUUUCAAGAUGUGGCAAGAAAACGUUUGUCGCAAAUCUUUGCACGUUAUGGAGCUGCCCAAACGCACAGCCCUCUGAGCUGGGCUCAGCUGAUCACAGAUAUCACCACUUACCUUCUCCAGCAUCUUUGGCCUGGUAACCCUGACUUCUUGUUUCCAGAAUGUAUGAUGAGAAACUGUCAGUAUACACAGCUACAGGAGUAUGUGCGUCUUCUGCAGCCAUGGUGUCAAGUUAGUGUCGGCUCUUGUCUGUUUAUGAUGGGUCAGUGUUACCUAGUCACUGGUGAAGGCCAUAAGGCACUAGAAUGCUUCUGCAAAGCUGCGUCUGAAGUGGAGCGGGAGGAUUUUCUGGAGAAAAUGAUUCAUGUAGAUGAAGAGGACACUCCUUCGUCUGCACGUCUUCAGUAUUACAACAGAGUAUUGCGUCUUCUGGAAGCUGUAGGCUUGCCAGAACUUAUCAUUCAGUUAGCCACAUUGGCUAUUACAGAGACUGCAGAUGACCUAAAAAGUCAGGCAACUUUGAGGACUCGUAUCUUCAAGUAUCACUUGGAUUUGGGACAUAAUAGCCAAGCUUACGAUGCUCUUACACUUAUUCCUGAUCAUAGCAGGCAACUGGACUGCUUGCGGCAGCUGGUUAUAGUUUUGUGUGAACGUUCACAGCUCCAAGAACUUGUAGAUUUUCCUUAUGUAAAUUUACACAAUGAGGUUGUUAGUAUCAUUGAAGCCCGAGCUCGUGCUGUUGAUCUGAUGACCCAUAAUUACUAUGAGCUCCUUUAUGCUUUUCAUAUUCAUCGACAUAACUAUCGGAAAGCUGGCACAGUAAUGUUUGAGUAUGGGAUGCGUCUUGGCAGAGAAGUCCGAACCUUUACUGGUCUUCAGAAGCAAGUUAAUGCAUAUCUGGCGUGUCUGAACUGCCUGCGGCUUAUCCGCCCGGAAUAUGCCUGGAUUGUGCAACCUGCAUCAGGAGCUGUGUAUGAGCGGCCAGGAACAUCUCUGAAACGCAACCAUGAAGGGGAAUCUCCACCUGUUCCUGUUCCCAGUGGAAGCCAGGUUGAGAUCUUAGAGCUCCAGGAUUUAGAGAAGGAAUACAUACUGGCCCGGACACGAUUGACAUUGGCUCAGUAUGAUAACAAUGCAGCAGCAAUAGCUGGAGGGGCAUCUGCUGAAGAAAUGGUCUCUCUUUUGGUGCAGGCUGGUUUGUUUGAUACGGCAAUUUCACUUUGCCAAACCUUCAAGCUCUCCCUUAUACCUGUGUUUGAAGGCCUUACAUACAAGUGCAUCAAGUUGCAGAAUGGUGGAGAGGCUGCACAAGCUGAAGCUUGGCAAUGGCUGGCAGAAAAUCAGCUGUCAUCUGUGGUUUCCACCAAAGAGUCAAGUGCCACAGAUGAAGCAUGGAGGUUAUUGAUUUCCCACCUAGAGAAGUACCAUUCCCAGAAUCGUCAAUAUCAUCGCUGUGUUAUUGACAAGCUCCUGUCUCACGGGAUCCCUCUGCCCAGCUGGCUAACAAUGAGUUAUAAGGAGGUGGAUGCAGCAGAAUUACUUAGACUUUAUUUGAAGUAUGAUCUCCUGGAAGAGGCAGCGGAGCUUGUCCUGGAAUAUGUAGAUGCUGUAUUGGGGAAAGGUCACAAGUAUUUUGGAAUAGAGUCUCCUCUGUCUGCAGUGUCUCCAUUAGUUUGGCUGCCCUAUACCUCGAUUGAUCAUCUUCUGCAAGCAUUAGAAGAAAACAACAACAGUCAGCAAAACAGAGACCUACUCGAGAAGCUUCGUGCCAAGCUCUAUGAUUACUUCAACAAUCUCGAAACUUCCACCACACAUCUACUCAGCCUUCGAAGAAGCUAGCUGUGAUGUUGUUUUUGUUUUUUCUUCCCAUCCCUCCUUUAAACCUGUAAUCAGUAAGUUUUUUUGUAAAAUAAAAUUAAAUAUUUUCUAUGUUCUCAAGUUUCUGA